UGACUUGCAAUUUCUGGGUACUUCAUCGUUUUCUUGGUGGAGUGAUAUUACGUAAAAAGAACACUAACGCCAUCGGUUUUUCGUUUUGUCCCGUGGUGACCGGAGAUUCAGAGGACAGCGAUGGCUGUCAAGUCGGGUGGUUCUACUUCGUCUCUCCGGUCUCUGCCUCCACCAUGUCCAAAAUCGCCACCGGAGUAUCCUGAUUUGUAUGGGAAACGAAGGGAAACGGCUAAGAUUCAGAUGCUUGAGAGAGAGAUUAGUUUCCUUGAGGAAGAGCUGAAAUCCGUCGAAGGUCUCCAACCUGCUUCGAGAUACUGCAAAGAGGUUACAGAUUUUGUGAUGGCAAAAUCCGAUCCUCUAAUACCUACUAGCCGGAAGAAUCGAAAGUCACGUCGGUUUUGGAAUUGGCUUUGUGGAAUUCCCUGCUUUAACUUGUCAUGGAUCUGCUGUUGCUGCUAUUCCGGGUGCUCUUCCCAUUUGAAAUGUUCGCAAUGCUAUGACGGUGAUUUAUGCAACAGCGGCUCAUGCAUUUGCAACUUAUGUAAAUGCAGCUCGUCUGACCUGAGUUCAUGCAAGUGUCGCUCAUGCGACUGCAGCUCAUGUAAAUAUAGCUCGUGUAAAUGCAGCAGCUUAUGCAACUGCAGUUCGUAUAAAUGCAACUUGUGUGACUGCAGUUCAUGUAAAUGUAGCUCAUGCGACUGCUGUUCAUGUUCAAGCUGCUGCAAAAUCCCGAAAUGUCGACGUAAGUGCAGCUCAUGCAGCUGCUGCACAAUCCCAAAAUGUCGAUGUAAGUGCAGCUCAUGCAACUGCUGUUCAUGUUCAAGCUGCUGCACUAUGCCGGGAUGGCAAUGCUUCUCGUGUCCUAAAUCCCAUUGCUGCAAAAAGGUCUCAUGCAGCAGCCAAAACUGCUGCAUUUUUCAAUUCCCUUCAAUGACAGAUUGCUUUUGCUGUAGAUGGAAAUGUUCUCCUAAAUGUCCAAAGGUAACCCUUUGCUGCAACUGUACAAAAACCUGUUGUAAUUAAUGCUUGCUGCCUCUUAUUCGAAUAUAUUUCUGCAUGUUCGAGUCUAAUCCUCGACAUGUUGAUUAGUUUCUAGUAAAGUAUUGAAUCAAUGCCUCAGUCAUAGUGUGGUAUGAAUUAUUGAAUCAAUCAUUCAAUUUGUUGGGACUUAAAAAAACCCAGAUUUAAGCUAGAA